AUGCCUUCGUCAUAUAAUAAUACCAAUAUUCACAAUACAAACAAAAUUAAUACCACUGUUAAUAAAAAUACCAAUUUAUCACCAAUCACUAAACGUCCUACAAAUGUUUCUAACAGCACCGAUUCUACUACGAGCUCUUCCACUCUAAAUGACAAUAUAACCAAAAAGAAGCUAGGAAAACAAAGUUCUCCAAUUUCAACACUUCCAAAUACACAUAUUAAUACCCAUGCUUCCAAUUCUAAUUCAACUACAACUAUUUCUAAUAAUGAUGAUUCAAUAGUUACUGCAAAUGCGUUUAUUGACUAUAUUAAAUCCUCAAAUGGUUUAUUUCAUGAUUACUUACAGUGGUCAUCUGACUUUAUUGAGCCAUACUCUAUUGUGAAUAAUACGACAAACUCCAAGGUGAACAGCUGGAAAACUGAUUAUAUUACAAUAAAUAAGUUUGGUAAUUUAUCAAUAGUAAAAGGCUCUAAAAGUUCAAAUUCAAGCAUUAAUUCAAAUUCAAAUAAUAAAGGAUUUCAAUUACAAAAUUGUAAAUUAAAGUUAAUUCAAGAUAUAACAAAUAAUAAUGACUAUUCAAUAAUCCAAAUAACUUUCCCACAUAAUAAUACCGAUCCUAAACUAGAUUCUAAUUCAAUUAAUAAGAUAUCACAUUUAUAUUUACAUCAAUCUAGUAGAUUAAAAUUUAAAAAAAUAUUAUAUACCUUACUUUGGUGGGCAAGCUUCAAAAACACCGGAAUCUUUAAUAAAUUAAAUUUAAAUUCCCCAUCGUUGAAUAACAAUACAAUCAGUACUACAGAUGAACAUAAUCUUCUAGUAUGUCAGUUAAGAGUAUAUGGCCCAUUACCAAUAAACGAAUUAAAUCGAACAUCAUCAAAUCCAAUUUCACUAAUCAGGACGAAUUCAAAUUCAUCGAAUAUAGCUUCAAACAUACCAAAUUUAUCUUCAAAUUUACCAAUACCAAAAUUCCUUUAUAAUAAUCAAAAUUCAAAUACUGAAAAUAAUGAAAAAUUAACUAGUUCAAUAAGAGAAGGCUGGUUCAAUGCAAUGGGGGUUUUAAAGGAUAAUGGACAACUGGAUUUAAUUUCUCAAACAGAUGGUUCAAUUAUUUAUACUCUAAACAUUUCAAAAUUGCUUAGAUCAGAAAUUCGUAUUUUGGAUAAAUCAUUAUUGAAAAGUGAUAAAUUUUUAUUUCUUGGAAUUUUAAAAAAAUUAAGACAAAAUUUGGGUUUAAAUAUUGGCCAUUCAAGCCAUACCGAUUUGUUUAUAAAAAGACCAUCACUUUCCAAUACAAAUCCAAUCUCAAAAUCCAACUCUAAUAUAAAUGUUCCAAAUUCUUCAAUAUCGGGCUGCAACCCAUCUAUCACGAUAUCAGACCACCGACCCUCCACAUCUCCCAAAACUAAUAGUGAUUAUAUUUCAAAUCAACGUUUAAUUCUUAAUUUCCCAUUAAGAGUCGAUUUAGAGGAUUGGUUUGUUGCAUUAAACGCUUUAGCCAUUGAAACUACAUUAUCUUUAAAGGGUUCAGAUAAUUCUAAUAAAUUAAGAAUUUCAAAUAAAUUCAAGUUAACUAUUUUAGAAGCUGAUUUAUCACCUGAUAUCAUUCAAACUGACAUUAGCAAGACAGACCCUUAUAUGAUUACUCACCCACUCUCACAUUCUUUUUCAGAUUUUACUUCGAUUCAAAAAGAACGCCAAAAUAAUAUCACUUCAGUUCAAAAACAUUCAAUUGAUGCUCCUCAGGUAAAAAUUAAUACAGCACAAAAGAGACCAACUAGCGCAUCAUUUAACAGCACAAGCUUUAACACAACUCAUAACACAAAUUUCAACGCAACUCAUAACACAAGCUUCAAUACAACCAAUAUGACUUCCUUUAAUGAUAAUACACACGAUUCACAUGCUAAAGGCUCAACACUGCCGAAAAAGACUAGUACUUACAAUUCCACAUUAACUGAAAAACCAAAACACACAUUAAUUCACAAUAAAACUAACACAGAUCCUUCAAAAACUACCCAUACCACCGAUAUACCUAUCAAUUUAUCGGACAGUAAAAAACCAGCACCUGAAAACUCAGCAUUAAAUACAAUUAUAGAUAUUGAAACUACCAAUAGAUAUGCAAAAUCCAACUCUGGUUCAUCCAAUUCUACUAUAAUGAGCGGCCCAGUACCCAAUAAAUUAUUACCACCAACCACUACUUUGACAAACCCAACUACAAAUAUCACUACCUCAAUUCUUACAAUAACAUCUACAAAUUCAACAGUAUCGUCAUCAGCAUCAAUAUCUUCUGAAGAUACAGAUUCUUCUUCGGAAAAUUAUGUAGCUGCUUUAAGUGAUAUUACCCCUAUGUUAACUUCUAAUUAUCUCACACCCCGUGAUACAAAUACCCCUCGUAGUGCCAUAUCUUCUUCGAACGAUAUUACCCCAGAUUCUACCACUGCUUCUGGGGGCAGCGUAACAUUACUAACAGGUACAGAGAUAAAUACAAAUUCAAAUUUAAAUACCAAUACUACAACUCCAACUAUUAUAUCUACUCCAGAUACAAUUAUUACCCCCUCUCCUCUUACUAAUCCAACAUCUAAUGCAGCCUCCUUAUCCAAUAAUGCAACAAAACUAUCAAAUGGUAUCACUUCCAUGGCAAAUGUAACUAUAUCCACCAAUACCGCUAUCCCAUUAGCUGCUACAUUAACUCCAAAUAUUCCAACAGAUCUAGACACUACUACAGAUAACAAAACGCCAAAUUGUUCAAACAACGUUUCAAGAAUCACUACAAAUUAUAUGUCUAUUAGUAGCGAUCCAACAACUCCCAUGAAAACAUCAACCAAUACAACAUUUGAUAUGAUUACACCAUCCCAAUCAUUUACUACCGAAACUGCUUCAAUAUAUCUAAGCAUAUCCAUGUGGGAUCACAUAUGGGCAAAAACUCCAGCUAUAGAAAGUAAUCCAAAACCAUUUUGGAGGGAAGAAUUUGAGUUUAGUGAACUUCUUCCAAUUGACAAUUUGUUAAUUGAAUUGUGGGAAACUUAUCCACUAUCGACACCUAUUACAAGUACUCCGAAUUCAUCGCCUCAAGUCAAGAAGAAAAGAAAAGAAAAAUUAUUGGGUUAUCUUUCACUAAAUCAAGAUAUCAUUAAUAAUUUGAGUAAAGAUUGCAAUUUAAUUAGGUUACCAAUUUUGUCAGUAUCUGAUAAAACAUCAAAUAUUGGUACUUUAUGCUUAAAGGUUGAUUUAAAUUUAAAUUUUAUUCUUCCUUAUGCUAACUUUGUCAAGUUAGAGAAAUGUUUGAAAACCCUUCCUUUAGAAAACCUAGCUAAUUUAAUUUAUAAUCACGAUUUUAAGGAGAACUUCAAAAUUAAUGACACUUCAAAAAUUUUACUAGAUGUUUUCCAGGUAUUAAAUAGGCAAAAUUGCUGGUUUGAACAAUUAAUGGAAAAAGAACUCAGUGAUGUUAAUAAUAGCAUUAAUAAAAUUAAGAAUAGCUCUGCUACUACUUCAGUCAAGGGUAUUUCAAACUCUACGAGCAAUAUCUAUAAUACUUUAUUUCGAGGCAAUUCUGUUCUAACGAAAUCUUUAGAAAAAUAUUUCUUCAGAGUUGGUACAGAAUAUUUGGAUAAAUCUGUAGGUAGCACAUUACGAAAAAUAAUUUCCCAAAAUAAAUCCUGUGAGAUUGAUAAACAAAGAUACGAUUCAAAUCUUUCACCAGAAGAGAAGGAAAAAACUUUUGAUAGAAAUAAAAAACACCUAAUGUAUUACAUUAAAGAUAUAUGGAAAAAUAUUUACAAUACAAGUAAUGAUUUACCAAUAGAAAUAAAGAUUCAACUAACGGCAUUAAGGAAGAAAUUAGAGCUACUAUGUAUUCCAGAUUCUAAACAAGAAAAUAAGCCUAAUGUAAUCCAUCCCACAAUUUUGAAUUGCAUUUCAAGCAUUUUAAUCUUGAGGUUUUUUUGUCCUGUUAUUUUAAAUCCUAAAUUAUUUGAUUUCGUUGAAAAUCAUCUAACUGACAGACCGAGAAGAACUUUAACCUUAAUUAGCAAACUUUUACUUAAUCUUUCAAACCAAACUACCUUUGGAAAUAAAGAGCCUUGGCUGAUCUGUAUGAAUGAAUUUAUUAAUGACCAUAAAGACGAAUUUAUUGACUAUGUUGAAAAAAUUACAGAGAAAAAAUUAGAUUUUACUCCUAAAAAACUAAAACUAUACAGCAUUAAGGGUAGACAAAAACUUGAACUGAAUUAUGAAAUUAUCCACAAUUUACCAUCAAUUCCAUUUUUAAUUGACAGGUGCUCAAGGGAGACCGAGCUAGUCCAUUUAAUAUAUUCCUUUCAUAAGAGCCAAAAUAUUAAUAACGAUGGUGUCGAAGAAAAAACUGCAAUAAAUAAAGAUAUCAUCAACCAGAAUACUAUUGAGGGUCUAAAAGUAAAGUCCCCAUCCAGCUCAACCAGUUCAAUACUCAAGACUAUCAUGGGUGAACAGCCUGAUAACGAUUCUAACCCUAAAAAUCCUAAAAUUGGGACUUUAGCGUUUGAAAAACUAACAGAAAAUAACAUCGAAGUUUUCGGUGAUGAAAUGAUGCUUCUUUUACAGGAUGAUACUACUCCUCCAGACUCUCAAUUUGAAUAUAAAAAUAUAUCUCCUCAAGAAAGUAUUGAUAAAAUGAAACAUUUUGAAAUAGAAUCUACUUUAUUAUACACUAGGAUUAAAAAAUUGGUUUAUACACUCUCAGACUAUGAAUACCCGGAUGAUAACCUACUUUCUGUUGAUCUAUAUUUGAAUAAAAUUGUUGAAUCAUUAUACUUUACAGAAAAGAGACGUAUUUUAAUAAACUUUAAUGACCCGAGAUUUAUCCAAGUAGAAGGAGCGAGAAAGAUUUUUGCAGAACGAAAUCAACCAUCUAAACUUCUAGAAUCUACCCCCAUAGCAUUUCUACGGAAUUCAAAACACUCAAAAUCUUCCCAGAAUAAAUCAACACCUCAAUCAGCCAAUUCUAAAUCCACAAAACAAUCAAGACUCUCUAAACUUCUUCUUCUAGGGAUCUCUGAGGAGAAACCAUUAACUAAUAACAAAAUCUCCAGAUUUUUCAGAGGCAAUAAAUAA